ACUUUCUCCAGAAAGGUAUCAGCACGGUCUUUAAAAAACAGGACUGAGGUUACCUUGCUCCUGCCACAGGGCAAAGUAACAGAGUCUUGUAUCUUAAAAAGGGUUGGAAAGGCAACUUGUCUUGUCUUGGAGGUCCUGGCUUGGAUCCAUUUUGAAAUGCUCCCAUUGUGUAGGGUCUGACUGCUGUGCUGGAGCAUGGAGGACGUCUUUCCAGCAGAGGACACUGAAGCUGAGCCAAGGAAUUUGCCACUCUUCAAAUCCAGCAUGUGGUGUGAGGAGAGGAGAUUGAGGACUUUCCAGCACUGGCCCGACAGCUCUCCCGUCUCUGCCCCUGACCUGGCCAAGGCUGGGUUCUUCUUCCUGGGCCCUGGGGACAGAGUGCAGUGCUUCUGCUGUGGAGGGAUCCUAAGAAGAUGGGAAGCUGGGGACGUCCCCAUGCUCGAACACCUGAAGUUCUUCCCUUCCUGCAGAUUUGCCUGUGGCAAAGAGGCUGGGAACGAGCAGGGGUUCUCUCUGCAGGAGCAGGAGAUGCUCCCUAUUCGGGACAUCCUGGACUGUGUGGAUGGGCAGAUCUUCAGCCUCUUGCAGAGGAUGGACACAGAGGAGACUGCCCUACCCAGCCAUCCAGAAUACCCAGAGAUGAGGAUGGAGGAGAUGCGACUAGCCACUUUCCAUAACUGGCCACCCUAUAACGAGAUGUACCCGGAGCAGCUGGCCCAUGCAGGUUUUUUUUACACAGGUCACGGUGACACUGUAAAAUGUUUUUACUGUGAUGGUACCAUGAGGGACUGGAUGCUUGGAGAUGACCCCUGGAGGGAACAUGCUAAAUGGUUUCCAAGGUGUGAGUUUCUGCUCCAGUCAAAGGGGAGAGCAUUUGUUACCAGGGUUCAGGAGACUUAUUUCAACCCCCAAGAACCUCUGGGAGACUCAUGGUCUCGGGAUGAACAAGAACCCUCUGCUAUCCAAGAUCCUAUGGGGAAUCGGGAAUUGCCAUCUCCUCUGGAUCAGUCUUGCGUAGUGCAGAAUGUCCUGCAGAUGGGCUUUGACCACAGCUUGGUGAUUAGCUUGGCCCAGAGUAAAUACCUGCUGACUGGAACGUGCUACUUAUCUGAGUCUGAGCUGGUUUCAGAUCUGCUUCAGACCACUGGGGAGGAGAGCACCAGUGCAGAAGGAAACAGAGUUCACGUAGACCCUGCUCCGAGGGACAGCGGUACAUCGGGACUGAAAGGGGAAGCCCAAGCUGAGUGCUCCAAAGAAUCAGCAGGCCCUACGCUGAGCACAGAGGAGCAGCUGCGGUGCCUGCAGGAAGAGCGGAUGUGCAAAGUCUGCAUGGACAAGGAUGUGUCUGUGGUCUUUGUCCCUUGCGGACACCUGGUGGCGUGUGCAGAGUGCGCCCCUAACCUGAGACGGUGCCCUAUCUGCAGAGCAUCCAUCCAGGGGAGUGUGAGGACGUUCCUGUCUUGAACCACCAUGCAGUGUAAAGGCCCUCAUGGGAUCCUGGCAGAAAGAAUGGAAGCCAGCAAGCAUGGAAAAGGCUGUACAGGACACUUCAGGGGGCUGUUUGGUGACCUAGACUGCAAGUGCUUUCUAGCAAGAAGCUAAGAGAGGCCUUGACCAACAGGAUUUGUUCAUAGAUUGGAAAAAGAAAAGCAAACCCUUUGUAGAUUUGUACUUUAAUGUUGGAAAAAUAAAGCUAUUUUCUCUUUCA